GGGUUCAAUGGGACUUGCCAUGCUUUCUCUGGUGUUAUCCUGAAGACAGACUGUGGUGUUCACAGAAACCCCUCAGGAGGCCACCACAUUUCCCAGAGCCCAUACUCCUCAAUAGAAGAAAGACAGAAGGUCCCACCUUGUCCCCUUCUGCAUCCAGAUGCCCAAAUGGCCUCCCCCAGUGAAUCCACUCUGAGUCUCAUCCACCCUCUCCUGCCCUUUAUACCCACUUGGAGAGAUUCCACUGACACAAGGAAUACUCACAGGGUUAAUCCUUCUGACACCAAGUCACACUUUAACUCAUUGUCUUCAGGACAAAGAUUAAAAGCUGCCUGCAUAAGAGUCAGGGCUCCAGCAGACCCUGAAAGCUGAGCUGUCCAGACCCCCGAAGAGAAGAAAAGAGGCAAGGGCAAGGGAGGGCCAGAACCAGGGGAGAGAGAAAGGAGGGGCGACCCACUAGCCUGCUGUCCCGCCACAGAGCCGGCUCAGUUCCAGCUCCAGGAGUCACUCAGCUGCAGAGGCAGCGGCAGCCCCACUCCUCAGGCAAAGGGCAGCAGGCAGACAGACAGAGGUCCCAGGACUGGAGGUCCUCAAUCCCUGACCACUCAGCCUGGCCCAGCCCCAUGGCCUUCAAUGACCUCCUGAAGCAGGUGGGGGGCGUCGGCCGCUUCCAGCUGAUCCAGGUCACCUUGGUGGUUGCUCCCCUACUGCUGAUGGCUUCCCACAACACCUUGCAGAACUUCACUGCCGCCAUCCCCACUCACCACUGCCGUCCACCUGUCAACACCAACCUCAGCAAAGAUGGAGGUCUAGAGGUCUGGCUGCCCCUGGACAAACAGGGACAACCCAAGCCUUGCCUCCGUUUUACUUCCCCACAGUGGGGACUUCCCUUUCACAAUGGCACAGAGGCUAAUAGCACUGGAGUCACAGAGCCCUGCAUUGAUGGCUGGGUUUAUGACAACAGCACCUUCCCUUCAACCAUCGUGACUGAGUGGAACCUUGUGUGCUCUCAUCGGGCCCUCCGCCAGCUAGCCCAGUCCCUGUACAUGGUGGGAGUGCUGCUGGGAGCCAUGAUGUUUGGCUACCUGGCAGACAGGCUGGGCCGUCGGAAGGUGCUGAUCUUGAACUACCUGCAGACAGCUGUGUCAGGAACCUGUGCAGCUUAUGCACCCAACUAUACAAUCUACUGCAUUUUCCGGCUCCUCUCGGGCAUGUCUUUGGCUAGCAUUGCAAUCAACUGCAUGACACUAAAUGUGGAAUGGAUGCCCAUCCACACCCGCGCCUAUGUGGGCACCUUGAUUGGCUAUGUCUACAGCCUGGGCCAGUUCCUCCUGGCAGGUAUCGCCUAUGCUGUGCCCCACUGGCGCCACCUGCAGCUUGUGGUCUCUCUGCCUUAUUUCGUUGCCUUCAUCUACUCCUGGUUCUUCAUUGAGUCAGCUCGAUGGUACUCCUCCUCAGGAAGGCUGGACCUCACCCUCCGAGCCCUGCAGAGAGUGGCCCGGAUCAAUGGGAAACAGGAAGAGGGAGCUAAGCUGAGUAUAGAGGUGCUCCGGACCAGCCUACAGAAGGAACUGACCCUAGGCAAAGGCCAGGCCUCAGCCAUAGAGCUGCUGCGCUGCCCUACCCUUCGCCGCCUCUUCCUCUGCCUCUCCAUGCUGUGGUUUGCCACUAGCUUUGCCUACUAUGGGCUGGUCAUGGACCUGCAGGGCUUUGGGGUUAGUAUGUACCUUAUCCAGGUGAUCUUCGGUGCCGUGGACCUGCCUGCCAAGUUUGUGUGCUUCCUUGUCAUCAACUCUCUGGGCCGCCGGCCUGCGCAGUUGGCCUCUCUGCUGCUGGCAGGCAUCUGCAUCCUGGUGAAUGGCAUAAUACCAAAAGACCAGACGAUCAUACGCACCUCCCUAGCUGUGCUAGGGAAGGGCUGCCUGGCUGCUUCUUUCAACUGCAUCUUCCUGUACACUGGAGAGCUAUACCCCACAGUGAUCCGGCAGACAGGCCUAGGCAUGGGCAGCACCAUGGCCCGAGUUGGCAGCAUCGUGAGCCCACUGGUGAGCAUGACUGCGGAGUUCUACCCCUCCAUGCCUCUCUUCAUCUUCGGCGCCAUCCCAGUGGUCGCCAGUGCUGUCACUGCCCUCCUACCAGAGACGUUGGGCCAGCCACUGCCGGAUACAGUGCAGGACCUGAAGAGCAGGAGCAGAGGAAAACAGAGGCAACAUCAGCAGGAACAGCAGAAACAGAUGGUGCCACUCCAGGCCUCAACACACGAGAAGAAUGGACUCUGAGGAUGGAAAGGGCUUCACAAGUACCACAGGGGUAGAGUUCUACAGCUCCUGCCAUCUACAUGAGGAGGGGGAAUGAAUGGAGGAGCCGGACCAUCCAAGUGUGGAGGCUGCCAUUCAGAGAACUGCCUCCCCAAAGGUCACUUCAGUAGACCCAACUAGGAACAAAAAGUCUGACUAUGCAUAGCUUCUUAAGCAGAAAGCACUCUUCAUCAGCCAUCUUCCAACUCAGUGGUCAUUCCCCCAGCUCCACUGCCCUCCACCUCCAGGACAUUGCAAAGAAUCUCAGACAAUUAAAAGAUUAUAUUCUCCAACCUUGGUCACUCUCUCUCUCUUCUUCCCUGCCCCCACCUCUCGUAUCCAAUCAUUUCUAAAGCUAAACAACCUUAAGCCCCUUCCCUUCCUGGAAAUCAGAACUUGAUAAGAAACUGAAAUGAAAGCAGCAAUCAAAGGCUCUGCUUUGGGCUCUUCUCCUGAUAUUAGAGCAAAUGGAAACUUCUAGCAACAACAACAACAAAAAAAAAAUGAUUGUAGGUGCAAUGCUUCCUGCAAGUUCAGACCACUCACCAACCUAAUCCUUCCUGUGUUUUCUGAGUUUUUAAUGUUGCUCUGUUUCCUGUGUGCCCAGGGGCUGGUGGAGGAGAAGACAUGAGGGCUGGAUAGUAGUGAACAGCCAGGGAAACCCAACAUUGAGUGCUAAUUAUGUGCCAGGCCAUUCUUAAGCAACUUGAAUAUAUUAACUCAGUUUCUCUUCUCAGCCACCCUCUGUAGGUAGAUAUUGUUUGAGGGUAAUUUGGUUUGGUUUCUUUUUGUUUUUGUUUUUGUUUUGUUUGUUUGUUUGUUUGUUUUCCUGAUACAGGGUCUUAUCUAAUUAGUUAUUUUGUCAAUUUGACACAAGCCAGAGUCAUCUGAGAGAAGGAAAACUCAAUUGAAAAAGAAAUGUCUCCAUAAGAGGCCUGUAGGGCCUGUGGGGUGUUUUAGGUAAGCCUAUGGGGUGUUUACUUGAUUAACGAUUGAUAUGGAAGGAUCCAGACCACUGUCAGCAGUGCCAUCCCUGGGCUGGGUUCUAUAACAAAGCAAGCUGAGCAAGCCAUUGGGAAAUAAGCUAGUAAGCAGUGUUCUUCCAUGGCCUCAGCUUCAGUUUCUGCCCUUUCUCACAGUGACAGACUGUGACCUGAGAGCUGUAAGAUUAAAAUAAACCCUU